UGAGGUCUUUCUGAUGAUUGAGCUGGGAAAAAGAAACAACUGUCCUUUGGACACACUCAGCAGGAAAAAUUUUGACCUCAGCAUAUCUCUCUUUGCUGCAGCUGCAGACAAGUUGUGGCCAUCUCACUGAUGUGAUUGAACAUGCAUUUCAUAUCGGCGGAAGCAGAAAGUGCAGAGCCCAAACCCUUCAGAAAUUCUGCUGUUGAUUACAUACUGCAGACUUCACCUUUUAAACUAAUCCCUUCUCACCAUUAGAAAUGAAUUGUCAGUCACCGUUCUGACACCAAACACAACUGCCUAAUUUUGCCCUUGGCUCCCUGAAGAGUCAGUGGAUGUAGGCACAUCCAGAGGUACAUCAGUCUGUCAAAAUUGGAGUCAACAUCAGAAGAGUUUUUCUUUCCUGAUUUGAAAUUUGCAGCCAUGGUGGAAGCUGAGAUUUCCUGUCCCAGAAGCUAAAGAGUUUAGAAUUAGCGAUAUUAAAAAUCACAACAAAACUUGGAGUUUUCUUAUAUACUGAGAUAUUGGCAACGUGUCAAAAACUGGAAUAGAUUCUGAAAUCAUGCUGUGUUGCUCUUUUAGGUGACAGUGCCGCAUGUACAAUACAUAGACAAGAAGAGUUGUCGAGCCAAACGUCUCUUAACAUCUUUUUGUCACUCUCUCAAAACUAAGAGAGAAAGAAGCAGAGGCAGAGUUUUGCCCGCCUGAAGCACAGCCCAGCCUAACUCUACUCCAGAGACAAGGCGGCAGCCCGCUACCUAGACAGGUGCAGAGGCUGCACCUAGGCAAGGGGGCUCCUCGGAGAAGAGGAAGGAGAGGGCUCGGAGAGAGCGCAGUCACCUCCGUCCGCCUCUCGGGCCGUUCAGUUCCUCCGAACCCCGCCUCUCCCUUAACACCGCCUAACCGUCGCCGGUGCUACCUGUGCCCUGUGCCCCCCGGCUCGCCCCGCCCCCCAGGCCCUCCCCGCUGCCGGCGGCGGGGCAGGGGCGGGCCCGCAGCGGCGGUUAUUUGACCCCGCGCACCCGCUCGCCCGCUCUCUCCCUCUUGUCGCAGCCGCGGUGUGGCCAUGCCGAACAUCGUGCUAUUCAGCGGCAGCUCCCACCACGACCUGUCCCAGCGGGUGGCGGACCGCCUCGGCCUGGAGCUGGGCAAGGUGGUCACCAAGAAGUUCAGCAACCAGGAGACCAGUGUAGAGAUCGGCGAAAGUGUGAGAGGAGAAGAUGUGUAUAUCAUCCAGAGUGGCUGUGGAGAAAUAAAUGACAACUUAAUGGAGCUGCUCAUCAUGAUCAAUGCUUGCAAGAUUGCAUCAUCCUCCAGAGUGACUGCUGUAAUUCCAUGUUUUCCAUAUGCCAGGCAAGAUAAGAAAGACAAGAAGGGAUCCGUGGAGCGUUGGAGUCGUGCACCAAUCUCUGCAAAACUUGUUGCCAACAUGCUGUCAGUCGCAGGGGCUGACCACAUCAUCACCAUGGACUUGCAUGCUUCUCAGAUCCAGGGUUUCUUUGACAUUCCAGUUGAUAACCUGUAUGCAGAACCUGCAGUGCUGCAGUGGAUUAAAGAGAACAUUCUGGAGUGGAGAAACUGUAUCAUAGUCUCCCCUGAUGCAGGUGGUGCCAAAAGGGUUACUUCAAUUGCUGACAGACUGAAUGUGGAAUUUGCUCUCAUUCACAAGGAAAGAAAGAAGGCAAAUGAAGUGGACAGAAUGGUCUUGGUUGGUGAUGUAAAAGACAGAGUAGCAAUUCUUGUUGAUGAUAUGGCUGACACAUGUGGCACAAUAUGUCAUGCAGCAGAGAAGUUAGUAUCUGCUGGAGCUACCAAAGUUUAUGCCAUUCUUACUCAUGGCAUCUUCUCUGGUCCUGCUAUUUCUCGGAUUAAUAAUGCAUCGUUUGAGGCUGUUGUGGUAACUAAUACAAUCCCCCAAGAAGAGAAAAUGAAGCACUGCCCAAAAAUUCAGUUCAUUGACAUUUCCAUGAUCCUGGCUGAGGCAAUUCGAAGAACACACAAUGGUGAAUCUGUGUCUUACCUUUUCAGCCAUGUCCCCUUGUAACAGCAGGAGAGAUUGUUGCAUCUUUGCAAAGGUCCUUUCAGCUGGCACUGUUUUUAACAACGCAUCUCAACCAUGAGAAAUUAGUAUCCUUGUACAAUUCCAGAGCUACUAUGUUUAAUUAUUACAUUUGUCUUGUAAUUACCAUUUCUUCUUUGUAAAUGGGCAAUAAAUCUCCAUCUUGCAGAAUUAUGAAUUCCCUUGAGAGUCUGUAAGCCUUGACGCAGAAGUUCUCUUUUAUGUGGCUGUCCUCGCUUUGUGCUAAACUGCUGCUUCAGAUCCAUUUUUCUAUACAGAACUAGAAACUGUUCAAAGAACUUAAUGGGAUGUAUGCAUAUAAGAUCAUUUUAUCUGUUAAGCUAAAUGCUUCAGGCCUGGGUAUCUUUUAUCUAUUCAUCCAUCUGGCAAGCAGCUGUUGAUUUUGUUGUUGUUAUUGUUAUGUUUAACUGUCAUGAAUAGUAUUUUGUAAGCCCUAACAGAAUAUAAACUUAAUGUUAAUUUUAAGGAACUGGUGACACAUCCAUGAUAUUAACUGUUUCAUACAAUCCCUGUUCUUUUUUAUUUUCACAAGAUAGGUGGCUGCUGUUUUCGUUUGUAAAGCUGUCAUUACAUUAAAUCAUUUGCAGAACAUCUA